UUCUAUACAUCUAAAAAUAUUUAGCUUCUCUUUCACUACUCUAACAAUGGAUUCUUGUGGAAUUCUCUCAGUCGACGUGAAGCAAACGGACGUCAUCGUGGCUGCAUUGCCAGUGCAAGACCACUGGCUACCGAUGUCAAACCUUGACCUUCUUCUUCCGCCAUUAGACGUCGGAGUUUUUCUCUGCUACAAGGAAUCACUUCCCCAUGAAGAAAGCGUCAAAAUAAUUAAAAAAUCACUCGCACAAGUGUUAGCUCCGUUUUACCCGUUUGCCGGAGAAGUUGUUCACAACAACGAUGGUGAACCUGAGCUCCUCUGUAACAACCGUGGUGUGGAUUUCAUUCAUGCCCAUGUUGAUAUCGAGCUUAAAAAGAUCGAUUUCUAUCACCCCGAUGAUUCUGUAGAAGGAAAACUUGUUCCAGUUAAAAAACAAGGGGUUCUUUCUGUUCAGGUCACAGAGUUGAAAUGUGGAGGUUUAGUAGUUGGAUGCGCAUUUGAUCAUCGAAUAGCCGAUGCAUACUCGAUAAACAUGUUCUUGACUACAUGGGCUGAAAUUGCUCAAUCGAAAAAAAUCUCUUGUCUUCCAUCUUUCAGACGUUCAGUUGUUAACCCUAGGCGUCCACCUGUAAUGAACACGUUCUACAAUACCCUAUUUCACCCUAUAUCAUCUAUCCCUCCACAAACAUCUCAUUUGCCACUUGAUCCUCUCAUAAGUCGCAUAUACUACAUCCAUGCAAAAGAUAUCAAUCACCUUCAAUCGAUUUCAAGUUCAAAUGGAAACCCUAAAAGAAGCAAGCUCGUGUCAUUCAUUUCCUUUCUAUGGAAGAUAAUAGCGGAGUGUGAUGACGACCUUAACACAUGCAAGAUGGGUGUUGUAGUUGAUGGGAGAGAAAGGCUAAAUUAUACCAACUCUUUUUCAAUGAAAAACUACUUUGGAAAUGUUCUUUCUGUCCCUUAUGGUGAGGCGAAGUGUGAUGAGCUUAAGAAAAUGUCACUAAGUCGAGUUGCUGACGUGGUGCAUGAGUUUAUGAGUCCUGCGAUGACUGAGGAACACUUUAGGGGACUAAUUGAUUGGGUUGAAUUGCAUCGACCCGAGCCAAUAUGUGCAAGGAUAUACGUGAAAAAGGAAGAGAAUGAAGGUGAAGCUAUAGUCGUGUCAUCUGGUCAACGGUUUCCUGUGGAAAAUAUUGACUUUGGAUGGGGUAAGCCACAUUUUGGGUCGUAUCAUUUUCCAUGGGGUGGGCAAACUGGAUAUGUUAUGCCGAUGCCGAGUGUAAAAAAGAAUGGCGAUUGGAUAGUUUAUAUGCAUUUGCUUCAAAAGCAUUUAGACUUGGUGGAAACUAAGGGAAGAGAGGUGUUUAAACCGUUAACUCCAUUGUAUCUUGACUUGUAAUCAUCAUCCACUAUGAUUAUCGUAUGCCAUUCUACAGUAUGUAUACUUUUGUGUUAUAUUUAAGGUGUUUUAUUGUACUAGAAGAACAUAAAUUAAAGGAUCUAUAGGUUUAAAAACACACAUUUAAGAGUAUCUUUGAGGUCCAAAAUAAUGUCAUGUCAUCUUUUGUCGAGGCAUAUGGCAUAUCAUUGAUCUCGAUUCAACAAAAAGUUUGGUCU